AUGCCCUUCCUACCCUUCUCCAACAUCCUCAGCCUGAGGAAAGAACUCGAGGGAACCCACGCUGAGAUCUUAACAUGGGGAUGCGACGGCUACAACAACAGCGUCAAGCAAUGGAGUGAAACAUGCGAUACGGAAAUUGGCGCGACGGUCCGGGUGACAUCAGCCUCAGAAGCAGCAACCGUAGUCCGAUUCGCAGCACAGCAUAGUGUCCCAUUCACCGUGAAGGGCGGAGGAUACUCGACGAGCGGCGCUUCAACUUCCCAUGGUGGUAUUGUCCUUGAUCUAUCCCGGCUGCGCAGGAUCCAUGUAGAUCCGCAAUUGCGCGUUGUCACGGCCCAGGGCGGGGCGUUGUGGGAGGAUAUUGAUGUUGCGGCUGCACAGUACGGACUCGCUGUGGUUGGGAGUACACUCAGCCAUAUUGGGGCUGCUGGGGCGACGCUGGGGGGUGGGUAUGGGUGGUUGACUGGCCAGUAUGGGCUGGCGAUUGACAACCUGCUCUGGGUGCGGGUGAUCCUAGCUGAUGGGAGUGUGGUAACGGCAUCUGAAGAGGAGUAUUCGGACUUAUUCUGGGCUAUUCGAGGCGCGGGACAGAGCUUUGGGGUUGCUCUUGAGCUGGGGUUCCGCGCGCAUAGACAGGAACAUCCUGUGUUUGCUGGGACGCUGCUCUUCGAGGCGGACAAGUUGUCUGCGAUUGUCGAGUUUGCGAACAAGUUUGAGACCAUCACCGAUGGGAAGCAGGGUUUCUGGUUUGGAUUCAGAAUGCAAGAUCAGAUGGCGCAGUGUUCUAUCUUGGUGGUUGUGUUCUAUAACGGACCGGAAGAAGCUGCAAAGGAGUUCUUUGCGCCGUUGUUGUCACUAGAAUCGGUGAUGGAUGGGACAAAAAUGCUUCCAUAUGAUAGCCUCAAUGGUGUACUUGCCACCGCAGAGACUCAGCCUCCUGAUAGCCUGACUGGGGUUGAAGCGCCUUAUCCAGCAGAGAAAGCCGUGAGCCCUAGGAGGAGUCUGCGGGGGUCGAAUAUCACCCUCCCUCUGGGCGCGGGUUUUGUGUUUGAGAUAUACAACGAGUUCGAUAACUUAUUGAGGCACUAUCCACAGGCAAGAGACAGCAGAUUACUCUUCGAGCUGAUACCAAACAAGCAGAUCAGAGCAGUCUCUAACCAGGCCACCGCAUUUGCGAGCCGCGGAACUUACUACAACGUCAGCACACUCUUUGAAUGGGACGAUGCAGGCCUGGAUGACAGGAUCAAGUCACUACAAGAGGACUUGAUGAGUCGGAUUGGGGAUGAGGGAGGCAUAUCAAGGAAAUCUGAUUACAAUGUGUCAAAACAUGGAACGGGGCUAUAUGCAAACUAUGCCAGCCCUAAAGUACCCCUGGAGACAAUAUUUGGGGAUAAUCUCCCUCGUCUGCGCGAACUGAAGAAGAAAUACGACCCGCAGAAUACAUUCAGGAAGUGGCACAACAUGACCAUCAAAUAG